UGUUACGCGUUGAGCGACAUUAAAGGCGUGUAUGCUGAAAGUUUUGUGUCGGCUAAGCGGGGAAAUAUUCAUAAAAAAUACAAAAUGGACGAACUCGCAGUCGAAGUAUGUGGUGAUAAUUGUGCGUACUAUAAGGGCAUCGUUAAGGACGUUUUCGACGAUGGUGUGCUAGUGGAGUUUGAAAAUGAGUGGCAGACGGAGUCCAAGUUUCAUUUCAAUCAAGUACGGUUACCACCUGGCGAUAAUGUGACCAGUCUCGCCGAGCGAAUGGAAGUGGAGGUUUUUUCACGUUCGGAUGACAAUGAGGCAUGCGGAUGGUGGCGGGCAAUGCUAAAGAUGAUGAAGGGCGAAUUCUUUGUCGUUGAGUAUGUCGGAUGGGAUCAUAACUACACCGAGAUCGUGCACUCCGACCGGAUCCGGCCAGUUAACACGAAUCCACCAAUCAAUGAAAAAACUUUCCACCGAUUCGAAAUCGUCGUGCCGCAAGAGGUGCAGGAGUAUGCUAAAAUUGAUGGUGUUCAUAAGGAGUUUCAGAAAACGAUUCGUGCUGCCAUCUGCCGAUACGUGUCAGAACAGGGUGUUUUACGCAUUAUCUCUCGGACCAAUGCAACACAACGACGCGCCACGAUGAUUCAAGAUAUGUACUUUAGAAACCUCAACCAAAAGGUAAUGUUGCUGAAAAGAACUGAAGAAGCUGCUCGGCAGCUCGAGUCGACGAAACUUCACAAUUAUGGCGGGUAAGUACGCACCUGUUUUUACCUAU